AUGACUAGCACAAGCAGGGAAGAAGCGAAGGCUCUGAUCCAGGAACUGGCGACCGAGAAUGGUUGGCUUUCAGCCGAGGAUCGCGAAUAUCUUCGAGUGAAUCGCCCGCAUAUCAUCAAAAGCGUCGACGGAGCUCGACGGCUGGCUUGUGCAAGCACAGAGGCACUGUCCCGUAAUUUGUACUCGAAGGAUACCCGCUUCGUGUACGAAUUGAUCCAGAACGCGGAAGACAAUAAGUACUCCAUCGCUAAUGGAAACAAGGAGCGUCCUCAUCUCUCAUUCACUGUUUCAGCCAAGCGUAUUAUAAUCGACUCCAAUGAGGAUGGAUUCUCCGAGGCCAAUACCCGGGCAAUCUGCAGGGUAGGAGAAAGCACCAAGUCGGGAAUCGAAGGCUAUGUUGGCGAGAAAGGUAUUGGAUUCAAAUCUGUCUUCAAAGUUGCCUGCAAAGUUCACGUUCAGUCGGAACCAUAUUCGUUUGCAUUCGAGUACAAUCGUGGAUUACCGGAUUCUGGACUUGGAAUGGUCACACCUCUCGUGGAACCUCCCGAUGAGUUGUUGGGUGUUCGGACCCGCAUCAUUCUUCACCUGAAUGAUAGGGUCGAUAAGGACGCCCUGCUUCGCGAGUUUGAGGCUCUUCCGGACACCCUUCUACUAUUUCUACGGAAAUUAAAAAAGCUUUCAAUUCGCAUCGAAAGACACGAGAAGAUUGUCAGCAAGGUGUACGAAUUGUCGAUCGAGAAUAAUAGAGCUUGUAUCGCUCGAACCAUCAAACAUGACACUGUCAAUCUCAACUACUGGAUCGCGAGCAAAUCAAUCACUAAUAUGCCCGAGGAAGAAGCAAGAACAGGUAUCACGACAGCAGAUGUGUUUUUGGCCUUUCCUCUCAAUCAGGACGACGUUCCAACUGUUGAGGAGCAGCAUGUAUUCGCCUUUCUUCCUCUCCGGAAAGUUGGUUUCAAGUUUCUUAUCCAAUCUGACUUCAUAACUCAGGCGAGCCGUGAAGAUGUUUCCAAUUGCCCUUGGAACCGACGUAUUCUGGACGAAAUUGUCAAUCUUUUCUUGGAGACUACUACCUCUGGAUUUUUGGAUCAACCAACCUUGAAAUAUUCAUGGCUCCGCUAUCUGGCAACGAAUGGGGUGCCCGAUGAGUUUUGGGGCACCCUUCAAAGUCGGCUGUUCUCCCAGCUCAUGGAUCACAGUUGUUUCAUUCCAUUGGGGGACCGCGGUACCACACUCGCCAGAUCAUUGAGACUUGUACCGACCUCUUUGAGAGACUUUGAAAACCGACCUCUGCUGUCCGAGUGCGACUGUACUACACCCCACCUUCACAGUCGCUACGUCUCAGAUAAGUACGACGCCACUCUUGACAUUCCGAUCCUCCGAAAACUCGGCCUCGAAACGUUGUCCACCGCAGAAUUCAUUGGGCUCUUGCGUUGUGACUUGAAACCCAACGGCUACUCUCGGCUGCGCACGACGCCAGCGGAAUCACGAUGGCAUACAUAUCUCUCCAGGUCCUUGCUUCGAGCAGUGGCCACUUCAGAACAACUUGCAAUCGGUAUUAAGAAGCUGCCAUUAGUGCCACUUCUCAAGGAUGAGCGAUGGGUUCCAUCAUUUAAUGCAUCGAUCUAUUUCCCAAAAUGCCGAGGGAUCGAUAUUCCGCGAGAUCUUCCCCUGAGUCUAGUUGAUUCACGGGCGCUUAUCAACGACGAAAGGACAGAGCUGUUUCGAGAACUCGGAGUGUCGGAAUGUGCUCCCCAGCGAAUAUUUCCAUUGCUAGAACAGGCCUGCAGGAAGGAUGACUGGACAAUGGACACAGCUCUCGACCAUCUCAAGUUUGUAUUCUGGAACCAUACCGAUCUACCGUCUCAGGGACAGAGAAUUUCUCUUAUGGUUGUGAGCAAAGAUCUUUUGAAACAAGUCCCUGAUUUGUCGACCAGAUGGUGGUACAGCCCGAGCAGCACAGACCCUUGCAGCGCAGCCAAUGUCAUCGGCCAUCCAGUUCCGAAGCAGCUAAAGGGAGAGAUUCAAUUUUUGCAUCCACGCUACUAUGAAGUGUUUGGAGCUUGCGAACGAAGAUAUGACAAGUCUGGCAUCGAGUGGCUUGAAGAAUUCAUCCAGGUCAAGUCCAUACCAGAGCCCAGGAUUAGAGCUGGCGCAGCGAUUGCUGAAGAGUUCAAAUACCUGGCAACUCAAAAGGCUCAUUCAAUUGUUCUCGGAGUUCUCAAGCGGCAAUGGUCUCAUGUUGACUUCGACAUCCCAUGGAAAGCAGAUUUCCAGAAGCUCGCCCGAGUUCCGAUACUCCAUUCAGAUGAUCUCUCACCAUUGAGCUCAACCUAUCUUCCACUCCCAAAAUUGAAAGCUAUCGUUGAUCGACUGGAGCUUCAGAGCGGUUUCGGAUUCAUCAAGGAGCUUGAUGGAAUGGAGGAUGACGGCGUGUCCGACUGGAGUUUCUUGCGUCACUUAGGAGUGCAGUACGAAGAAGAUUUUUGCUUCUGGUUGCUACUGUUGAAGAAGGCUCGCGAAAAGAAAAACCCGGGAUACAUUGUAAUGUCGGAGAUAUACUCCAGACUUCUAGGCUUCUGCUCGACACCAAGUCACAAAACCACUCUCAGAACAAUCUUCGGUGCUAUUGAAGGCCCCUCCAUGUUCGGUGGUAUGCAAUGCAGCUUCCUCUUCUUACCGGCCAAUACUAGAGAGCUGUUUGAGUGUUCCUCCGAAAGGAAUUAUAUCUUCACUCGGGAAGACACAUGGUGCUACCCGAGUUUCUGCCGAUGGAAUACUCCGACUUGGUACACGCAUCAUCCUAACCUCGCUCGACUACCUGGAUACGAAUCUCUUAAGACAUUCUUCGUCGAUGGUCUUUCAGUUCCGACUGAUCCGGGAGUGGACGAUUACUUGAGUUACAUUUCCUACUUGAAAAAUCCAAACCGUGUGGCAAGAAGAGACCAAAUCCUCAAACUUCUCUAUAAUAAGCUCCACUCGGAGAUUCGAGGGGACAACGCUUGGAAGGAAUCCAUUAAAUCACGUUUCGAAUCGGAUAAGCUUAUCUAUAACUUCCAGGACCAGAUGUGGCAUAGUCCAUCAACUUGCGUUUGGGUCAACGAUACUGUGCGCCUGCCCGAGAAAUUCUCUAUUGCAACGGAGUACUCCGCGCAGAAACCUUUCUUCCUGACGGUCCUUGGGAUUGAAGAGCCGAAGCUUCCUCUAUACAUCCAAGCACUAAAGCGGGAAGCAUCCAAAUCGCCAAGCAGCGAUUCAAUAAAGCAACUCAUCAGGAACAUUUGUCAGUUCAGUCCUACUGCGGGUGAUCUAGCAAUGGUCUUCGACAGCAAAUGCUUCCCCGUUCGCCUCCCCGAUGGAACACUCGCUUGGAUGAAUGGCAAGGAGGACUUCGCUAUCGUCGAUCGACAGGAAUACGAAACUCUCUUCCGAGGAGAGCUCAAAACGUUGGAUUUCUCCAAGGAGGAAGUCCACGAAAUGGAGGCCUUUCUCAUUGGGCUAGGUCUCCGGAAUCGAUACCUUUCCGGAACAGUCGCAGCUGAGACGACGGCAUCCAGAAGCUCGAUCGAUCACUCAAUGACCACCAAGUUAAGAAGAAAGGCAUAUGCGAUUUGCCGGUACGCUGCUCAUGCGAGAUGCACUACGGCUCGCGAUGACCCAGCCGAAUGUUUCAAGAAGCUUCAGAACAUAACUGUCCUGAUUAGUGAAGAAUUUUCAAAGACACUGACUACCUACCAGGAUGGCAGGCCAGUCACAAUGGUUUCUGGGAAGGCAUACUGCCACCUGGAAGACGUAGACAACGAGGAUAGCAAUGUUGAAAGCAAUGAAGGAGGUGGUCUUGAGAAUUCAGCUGGCCUGAAAGUAUACAUCCCGAGGGACCCCCGGCUUCGGUAUCGAUGCCUUCUGACUCACCUGCCCCAAGCUAUUCUCAAUCACUUCGGCGCCCCGAACAGUUAUGUUGGAGAACUGGGCAGCAUAUUCUCAGCCCACGGGCUUGCAGACGUUGACGAAAUUCUAGAAAACGCUGGAGUCAUUUCCGUGGCUUGUGUCAAUCGGCCUGAAGAUGUAGAGUUGGAUUCGUCUGAACCGGAAGAAGACGACGGCGAUCCAACGUUCCAGUUACCAGAUGAUACUGGAGAGAUUGGGCCGGUCAUACCGCCUCGACCUACUUUCCUGGAGCAGGCGCAACUUGCCUUCCGCCCGUCCAGUACAAGCUCCAGCCACUUCAUUUCUCAAAGGAGCUCUGGGCUUUCGCCAGGUUCGAACUUAACUCCCCCGACGUCAGUCUUCAGUACACCAGAUACUCAAGAAGAUCCUACUCGCUACACUAUGCUUCUCGAGGUGGCGGUCGACAGCGCUCGGCGCGGGCCGCCAUUUCCGCGUGUUGGUGAAACUUCCGCUGUAUCUCUUGAGCCUUGCUUUUCAAAGUUCGAGGUCGAUGUGGCGGUGGCUGGUACCCAGAGAGACUUCAAGGUUGGAGCAGCUGGAGAACUCUUUAUGUUCGAAUGGUUGAAGAGUCUCCAAUUACCGAACUUCGGCCUUGAGAACAUCGUUUAUGAAGACCACAAGAGCAAAUUCACCGGCUUACUGGUCGCCAAUGGCUAUCUCCGGUCUGACCUCUGGGCAGGGAAGCAACCAAAGUACCAUAUUGAGGUGAAAGCCUCCACAUGUCGCCUCACCACGCCACUCUACGUUGGCCGCAACCAGUACGAACUCAUGAUAGACACCACACUACCCAUAGAAUCGGCUUCGGACAGAGUAUACAUCCUCGCGAGAGUGUUUAAUCUUGGCCAGUCGGAUAUGGGGCUGAAGUUGUAUCUCGACCCGAACCGGUUGGAGCGUGAAGGCAGGCUGAGGUUCAGAUCGGAUAAGUAUGAGGUGACGGAAGCAGCAUAA